GCAGCGAACUUUAGCUUGCGCUCCUGGCGGGGACUGCGUCGGAGGCAGGUAUAAAUUGGCUUCCUGAGAUUCUGUUUUAGCAGGAAGGCAGUGGGAAGACUCUGGGAAAGAAAACAAAAGUUAUCGGGAAGCCAGGAUCUCUUUUUACAUGGUGGUCAACUCACUCACCAACAUGGAGCCCUUUCCCAGCACCUUUCCCCCGGCUGGAGACAGCGCAUUGACGCACUCUCAAACUGAGUUCCAAAAGAUGUUGAUUGAUGAAAGGUUACGAUGUGAACAUCACAAAACAAAUUAUAAAUCUCUGAAAGCUGAGCACACAAAGUUGCAGAAUGAGUACAUAAAGUCACAAAAUGAUCUCAAGAGACUGUUAAAUGAGAAGCAAACUCACCAGGAAAAAUUUCAGCUGCUGCUUGCAGAGCUAAGAGAAGAAUUAGUAGGAAAAACUAAAGAGUUAGAAGAAAUAAAGGCACAGGUAUUAACUCCGCAAAAACUGGAAUUGCUAAGAGCCCAAAUACAACAAGAAUUAGAAACUCCAAUGAGAGAGCGUUUUCAGAAUCUUGAUGAAGAAGUGGAAAAGUAUAGAUCUGAAUAUAAUAAGCUUCGUUAUGAACAUACGUUUCUAAAAUCAGAGUUUGAACAUCAGAAAGCAGAGUGUUCACGCAUUUUACAAGAAGAAAAAAUAAAAUAUGAAUCAGAGGUUGCAAGACUGGAGAAAGAUAAAGAAGAACUAUAUAACCAGCUAUUCAGUACGGAUCCCACAAAAGAGAGCAGACGAGUGGAGCAACUUACUCGAGAAAAAGUCCAUUUAUGUCAGAAAUUAAAAGGUUUAGAGACUGAAGUAGCUGAAUUAAGGGCUGAAAAAGAGAAUUCUGGUGCUCAGGUAGAAAGUGUCCAAAGAAUACAGGUGCGGCAGAUGGCUGACAUGCAGGCUACAGUUAGAUCCCUAGAGGCUGAAAAACAGUCAGCUAAACUGCAGUGUGAACGUUUGGAAAAGGAACUACAAUCAAGCAGUGAACAAAAUUCUCUUUUCCUCAGUAAAUUGCAUAAAGCUGAACGAGAAGUAACUGUAUUGACCAGUCAAGUCAAAGAACUUAAACAUUCAAACAAACUUGAAAUAACAGACAUCAAACUGGAGGCAGCAAGAGCUAAGAGUGAGCUAGAAAGAGAAAAGAAUAAGAUUCAAAGUGAACUGGAUGGAUUGCAGUCAGACAACGAAGUUCUCAAGUCAGCUGUUGAGUACCACAAAGUGCUCUUAGUGGAAAAAGAUCGUGAAUUAAUCCGUAAAGUACAAGCUGCCAAGGAAGAAGGUUAUCAAAAACUAGUGGCAUUACAAGAUGAAAAGCUAGAACUUGAGAACAGAUUAGCAGAUCUGGAGAAAAUGAAGGUGGAGCAUGAAGUCUGGAGGCAAUCUGAAAAGGAUCAGUGUGAAGAGAAAUUACGGGCCUCACAGAUGGCAGAAGAGUCAGCGAGAAAGGAACUUCAGAGUAUUAGGUUAAAACUUAAACAGCAAUUUAUGAAUAUUGAAAAUGCAGAGAAAGAAAAAAAAGAAAAUUCUGACUUAAGAGAGCAAAUCAGUAGUUUGCAGAUCCAAAUGACCUCACUUGCACAGUCAGAGAGUGAUUUGCUGAAUUCAAACCAAUUGCUGAAGGAAAUGGUGGAGAGAUUGAAGGAAGAAUGCCGAAAUUUAAGAAGCCAAGCUGAAAAAGCACAACUAGAAGUUGAAAAGACUUUGGAAGAUAAACAGGUCCUGUGGUUUGAAGAAAAACAUAAACUCCAUGAGCGAAUCACAGACAGAGAGGAAAAGUAUAAUCAAGCUAAGGAGAAACUGCAGCGAGCUGCAAUUGCCCAGAAAAAGAGAAAAUCUCUUCAUGAAAAUAAGUUAAAGAGACUUCAGGAGAAAGUUGAACUUUUGGAGGCAAAGAGAGAAGAAUUGGAAACAGAAAACCAGGUGUUAAAUAGACAAAAUGUUCCGUUUGAAGAAUAUACAAGGAUUCAAAAAAGACUAAAGGAUAUACAGAGAAGACAUAAUGAAUUUCGAAGUUUAAUUUUGAUUCCCAACGUGCCUCCCACAACACCUCUCAAUCCUGUAAGCUUUCAGUCCUCAGACAUGGGUCCAGGCGUGGAACUUUCUUUUCCUCCUCAUCUUCAGGAGGAACAGCAUCAAAAGGAACUCUCUUUACUGCGUAAAAGACUAGAAGAACUAGAAACAACACAAAGAAGGCAACUGGAGGAGCUUGGAUCUCCUGGGGAAUGAUGUUCUUGGAGAAAAGGCUGAUCGAAGGGGCUGAGAUCCAGGAAGCUGGAAAGUUUGAACAUAGUGGCAUUUAGAAACUUCAUGAUUGCUUGCCAAAACACUUGAAUUUGCCUCCAGGAAAGGUACCAACUGCACACUGUCUUUCGUGAGUUUGGGAACUUUCGGAUAGUAGUAACAAAUGAAGCAUUAAAAGAAACCAUUUCAGAGAUACUGAGACUAUUUAUUGAAAAUCCUUUGAGAGUGUAAAAAGGAAGAAAAGGAAAUAGGGAAUCAAGUUCUUAAAUUAUUUUAUGAAUUUUACUAUAUUAAAUGUUUUUCUUGAAUAUGCCCAUGUUGGCAUCCCCUUUCCUCAUUUUUGAGAUGUUUGGUGGCAGUACCAAGGUCGGCAAACAUCUGGUUUACUAGGCACAAAAGUUAUAAAUACUAAAAAAUAAAUAAAAAUUAAAGUUAAAAAGAAGUUAUACAUCUUUAGUUCUUAAAGAUGACAAUUUUACAGUAAAAAAAGAAAACAAAGUUAUCUAACCAUAUGUUCACUACAAAUGGCUAUGUGUUCUAAAACCUUUGUGCACAUAAUUUAUUACAGAGCUGAAUAAAUAUUUUUCUACCUAG